GUUAUACCCGGACUAAUAUGACCUGAAAAGCAAGCUCAUCAAAGACGCUCAGGAGUCAAUGAUUCACAUCACCUUUCUUCUCCAAAAUCCUGAAAUAGAUCAAGAUAAAACAGCUUGAAACAUUUGUUUUUCUGGUGAGCAGCAUGUGUCUUGAGAGUCCCCCUUUUAAGGGGAAAGAUAUAUACUGUAUACGAAAAAGCAAGGGAACUAAAAACCAACUUAAUUGCAACGAAUCAACUUAAAAACAACACCAGAAGCAAGACGAAUACUCGACUGAAACGAGUCAGACACUAAGGAAGAUACAUGAACUUCAACAAGCGACGAUUAUCUCAAACAGCCCCACUUUUAGGGGGAAAGAUUUAUACUGUAUACUAAAAAGCAAGGGGAUUAAAAACCAACUUUAUUGCUAUGAAUCAACUUAAAAAUAACACCAGAGGCAAGACAAAUACUCGACUGAGACAAGGGAGAAAGAAAGGUUGCAGCUGCUACCGCUUACCCAACACAACUACGAUCGGGAUCGACGUUCGUCGCAGGCUUUAUGAAGCAGAUAUGGGGCGAUGUGUAGAAACUUGCAACGCCACUGACUCAGACACCAUUACAGCUACUCCCGAGAAGAUGUCCAGUGGGUCCUCUUCAUGCAACCCGACUGAGGUGACCAGCAGAAGUUAUCCCCUCAUUGGUGGCUCAAAGUACAAGACCGCUAUUGCUAAGUGUGGCUAUCAAAAUACCUCUAGCGGCUGCAGUCGCCAAGCUUUGUUCAAAACCUUCUUUGACGGAACAUCGUACAGUAUUCGUCAUGACAUAGGUGUCUGCCAUGGUUCUUGUGGAAGCAGUGGACAUGCGUGCAAGGCCAUUGACAGCCUAAUGAUGGCCAUAAAAGGGCCAAAUGGAAAAGGUGAGCUAACUCAUCGCGUUAUUAAGAAGUGUGGUUGCGUAAACCCAAUUUGCCACCGCGUUGCUUUUCGUGAAGUUUUCAAGAGGAAGUCGGGCAACACGUGGAUCCAAGAGGAAAAAGAUGUUGGAACGUGUGUCGGUACUGGUUGCCCCAGGAGUUGUGUUCGCUGUUUCUUUGGGAACAAGUAUUGUAGCCAGCACUGCUUGGUUUUUCGCGAGAGGGCUUGUAUCGCCACCAACUACACCACAGAACAUGUUCACACGGGUGAUCACAAAGAGAAGGAGAUGCACAUCAUCACUGAAUGUGGAUGCAAGUAGAAAGGGAGUGGGGAGAGUCAUUAUGUCAUGAUAUCCCUCAGACUAAAAUGUUGACGACCAUUUCCUACAAAUAGUUUGAGUAGAUUUAAGGUGGUGAGAUGCAAAUAACUUAGUUUUCUUGUGUUUGUUUUGUUUUCUCCCCUUUUUUGGUUCUUUUUGUACCUGUCUAUAUCAAAAUAGUUGCGCCAAUAAUGCAAAAGAGACGGAAUUUUUUUUCUUGCUGGAAGUGGUGCAUAAAGGUUUCAUUGGAGUAAACUGUACUACUCCUAACCAAAACAAAAUUGCGUCUCCCCUACAUUCUCGGCGCGACUAUCAACUUAUACACAAAUGCAAAAAGAGCAAAAUAGGUGAGAAACAAAACAAAAACAAUCAAACAAGGAGAAGGAACGAAUUAUUUGCAUCCAUUACUUUAGUGAAAGUCUUGCUUAGAGUACAGAUUGAAAUCAAAUUAGUUUUGAAUUAUAUCACCUUUAACAGGAGAGUGGUUUUAAGCGAAGCAACAACGUGUUUUUCUUGUUUAGAAUUAUUUCAAGUCAACUUUUCGAAGUUAAGGCUUCGAUUUUUGUUUAUGUUGGUUUAUUUCUUUGUCAUCGUUUGUUUUCUUUCACACCGGAACAUUCCAGUGCAAAUAAAAGUAAUAAAUUAACAAAUGGAUUUUUUUUCCCUUAAAGAGGAGCGCAAAAAAGUAAUUUUUUCCAAAGUAUGUUUAAAUCAAUUUUUUUGUUUCUUCCCUCUGCUCUUAAGAUUCGUGCUCAUUCGUUUUUUGUAUUUGCUUCUUUUUUGUUUACCUUUUUUUCUUGUGACGAACGUCUCUACGGACUGAAUUUGUACUAGUUGUUGCUAUGCCAGUAUGUUUAAUCUAAAAUAACUUUUGACUAGUCUCAGUUCUUACUUAGAUACAUUUAAACUCUUUAUGAGAUUUAUAACUUUUUCCAAAGCAUUUCAAGAUCUCAAGCUAAUGAAUGUUUUUGGAGUGUGUUAAUGUUUUUUAUAGGCAGCUUUAUUGUAAGGAACAUUUUACUAAACUUGGUUUGUAGGUUUAAGUAACUAGUGUCGAAACUAUGUUAACUGAUUAUACUGCAGUUUAAAUAAAGCAAGACAAGGAGCAUUCAAAAGAUGUAAUGCGUCAAUGAUACCCAUCUACAAGCAUUUAUUUGGUGAGCUGGAUCCCACACGCAUAUUUACCUGUUGUUACUUAUGAUCUAUUGGAGUAUGCCUAGAUAGUAUCUCAAAAUAUCUGCUUCUUUUUCACAUAAAACAAGUACGUUCAACGUUCAGUGCUAGAUCACAGAAAACGUCAAUUGCAGUAACCAGCGUAAUAAGUUUCUUCCUUUUGCUUGCUCUAGCUUCAACCAUCUCGAGUUGGGUAUCCCUUGUUAAACAGUUUAAAUUUAGCGCUUCAGACAAGAACUCUGACAAGGCGCUAGCUCGGGUAC